AUGUCCAGCGCCCAACAGGCAAACCUCAACCAGCAGUACCAGCAGCAGCUGGCCGAGGCGCACCUGAUGCACCAGCUGCACCAGCACUAUCACCAGCAGCAGCAGGCCCAGAACCCGCCGCCUCGCCGGCGCGCCGUCAAGAAGACGUUUCCGACGCUCGUGUCGGCGAGCAUGCGGGACCGGCAGGCGCGCGGGAAGAACGCGUACAAGAAGCAUGAGGACGACUUGACGGAUGAGGAGGCUGACGAUGACGAGGAUACCGAGGAGAUGAUGGAGGAGUUGGAGGAAGAGGAGGAGGAAGAGGACGACAAAACAACCACUUCGUCCAUCUUCAGCUGCAAAUCGGAAUCCUUCGAGACGCGCGAGCGCAGAGCCUACGCCCUCGCGGUGCUGGAUCGCCCUGAGCAGCUCAUGAUGUACGCUGCCACCUCGAAUGACAGCCUCGCGAGCCAGAGGCUGCGCUUCACCGCCAUGAUGUGCGGCUUCGAAGACGAGGCGGACUGGCGAAACAAUGCGCAUUUCAAAACCACGCUGUCGAUGGCGCGGGAGAGGGUCGUCAAGGCCCGAAAGGGUGUGAGCAUGGAUCUGGAGGAUGAUGAUUUAUGA